AUAUAUUUGAAUAUUACUUAGUUAUCUACAGUGUGUGCAUUUUCAUUUAAAAAUUAUUAGAUUGUUAUUAAAGAAACCGAUUUCUCUUAGGGAACAUGUGUUGAAAAAUGUCAAAAAAUGUUCAGCAUCCCGGAUUAUUAAUCACAAUAUAUGUAAGAAUCGCCCUAUCAAAGAAGUAUAUCUUGUCUUCUGAUGAGAGCUUCGAAAAUAUGAUUUACUAUAAGGAUUGUAACCAUAAACAUGCUACUGAAGCUCCACCAGCACACAGAGAUGCCGAGCAUACCCCUCCACCACGCCCACAAUGUCUAUUUCCCAAAAUGUGUUGCAGCAUGAGUUGUGAAAAUGAAUGCGUUAGUAAUUCUCAACAGAAAUCCUUCAUGAGUAGACAGAUGGAGCCACUGCAGGAUUUAUUACCACCCAUGCAACCAGUGCCUCCCCAACUACAACCAGUUCAACCUCAAAUUCAAAGAGGAAGAAAGAAGAAAGUAAUGCAACCGAAGAUGCAGCCACCUAUAGGCGGCAGAAGAGAUUUCGGGUUUACAAAAGAGCGUAUAAAGAGUUUGAUCUCUCAAGACGAGGAUAUACGGAAGAUAUUAAAGGAUCUGGUAAGGGUUACGAUGCAAAAGGUGGAUUUGUUGGAGAUGUACAACGCUAGACGGAAUGCAAAUAUUAAAAAUGAAAAAUCAAAUUACAGCGAUGAAGAAUAUGAAGAUUAGAUUGAAAUUGCUCAAAAAUGCAAAUGGAUAGAUAGUAAAAACUGUA